UCGCAAAUGAGCUCGACGCUCUCCCCCACAUCCGCAUCCCCCAGAGUCCGCAGGAAGCCGUCCACCCGCAAACGCGCCGGCUCACAUCUCCCCCAGCCACAGACACAGGAGUCACACGACGCCGCCCUCCAUGCCAUCCGAAAAACCCUCAGGGGCCGCACCGCCUACGACGCCUUCCCCGUCAGCUUCCGUCUCCUCGUCCUCGACACAAAACUCAACGUAAAGAAAGCACUUCAAUGCCUUCUUCUCAAUGGCGUCGUGUCUGCCCCUCUCUGGAACAGCGACAAGUCCAAGUUCGCCGGCAUGUUGACCGUGCUCGACAUUAUUCAUCUUAUCCAGUAUUACUAUCAUACCGCAUCCUACGACACCGCUGCAGCCGACGUCGAGACAUUCAGACUCGAGUCUUUGAGGGAAAUUGAAAAGGCACUGGGGGUUGCAACGCCACCAAUGCUUCGAGAACAUCCCGAUAGCUCCCUCUACGAUGCCGCAAGGCUUCUCAUCCAGACACACGCUAGACGGUUACCCCUCCUCGACAACGACUCUGAGAGUGGACACGAAGUAAUCGUAUCCGUCCUAACUCAAUACAGGCUCCUCAAGUUCAUCUCUAUUAACUGCACCAAAGAAGUACACCAACUUCAUUGCUCCCUCAGGAAGCUUGGCAUAGGCACAUAUGUCCACCCUCUCUCCCCCCCUGAACCAGAGGAGGGCCACGACAACCCAUUCUGGCCGAUAGCAACCGCUACCCUCGACACACCCGUGUUUGACGUCGUUCACCUGUUUUCCGAAAUGGAGAUAUCUGCCGUGCCCAUCAUCGACGAGGAUGGCAUUGUCGUCAACCUGUAUGAAACGGUCGAUGUUAUUACGCUUGUCCGGCUGGGGGCUUACCAGUCCCUUGAUCUCACUGUACGAGAGGCACUGAAUCAGCGUUCACCCGAUUUCCCCGGCGUCGUGAUCUGUACAGCCUCUGACUCGCUGGGCACACUCUUGCAACUGAUCAAGAAGAGGCGGGUUCACAGACUGGUGGUUGUUGAAGGCGAUGAGGAGGAGAGACGAGGGGGCAAGAAAGGAAGACUUUUAGGCGUUAUCACGCUCAGCGAUGUACUCAAGUACCUGAUCGGGGUAACGAGUAUAGGAGGGUCUGUGGAGCAGUUUGAGGAGGCUAUACGCUCAACGGAUCGACUGGCCGUGCCAAACGUGUCUCUUCCAUCGUGAAAAACGUCCGGUGUUCUGUGAGAUGCGGUUACGGUUGUGUAUUACUAUCAGGUUGGACCGACUCUCGAGUGGACGGAUGAUCUGAGCCACCAUAUAUCUUGUAUUUGCUUGUCGAAUCUGCUAUCGUGCUGUAUUGAAGGUUAUAACCAUAGAUAACCAUUUGGUAUUCUGGGGAGCACUGUUGUACAAUAGAGGCUAUGUUAUUUACUGGCCAAUGCAUGUUGUAUAAAGUUGAGUUAGAAGAAAUGGACUCGUGUUGCCGCACCUGGCGCCCCCUGGAAGGUCGGCACUUGUUCCGGCACUGUCUCUACGCUUGCCCAUUACUCAUCCCAGAUACCCUCCGCCCUCCCCGUCAUGGCCGCCAUACAAGCUGUAUCCAUUCGAGGACACGAAGAACGCUCGCAGCCUAAACCCCACACGGUUUAUCGCAUCGAAAUACAAGCCAGUGUACGAUCAUGGCAGAUGUGGCGCCGCUACUCCGAGUUCGUCGACCUGCACACCGAACUCGUCAAGUCCACCGGAUCGGCCCCUCCAGCACCGCUCCCGCCCAAGCACACACUUUCCAUCUUCAAGGGCCCCUUCCGGGACGACUCUGGCAUCAUCGAGGAACGCCGGUCCGGUCUGGAGACCUACCUGCGUGCGAUCAUCAGUGCACGGGAGGACACCUGGCGGGAGAGCAUCGUCUUCCGCGAGUUCCUCGGCGUGCCGAUAGGGAGGCAGGGCACAUUGGGCGGCGGGGGCGCGGGUGGGGAGAGCAGCGGAAGCGGCGGCGGGGGGCGCUUCUCGAGCUCGUCGUGGUUGGACGAGCACCUCGAGCUGCAGAACCGCGUGCGGGACGUCCGUGCGGACAUCAACCGGCGCGACGCGCUCGCGGAUAGAGGGGACGUCGGCGCGUCGCACACGGCGAACGUGCAGGCGAAGAAGCGCCUCGCGGAGCUGCUCUCGCGCGUGCGCGUGCUCACGCAGGGCCUGCAGGAGCUCGGUCUGGGCGGCAUGGCCGAGGGCGAGCUGCAGCGCCGCACGGACAUGGUCGCGCGCCUCCAGGACGAGUGCGAGAAGCUCGGCAAGAUGGUCACGAUCGCACGGCAGUCGUCGUCGUUGUCGCGCACAGGCCCUUCCGCCGCCACGACCAUUCCUGCGCCGGAAUCGGAUCGUGCGGCGCUGAUGGGCGGAGGAGGGUUCGCGCGACCGGUCACCCGCGUCUUUGGCGCGUCCAAGCAGCCGCAGGAGACGGACCAGACGCGUCCGUUGCACGAUCAGGGACUGUUGCAGCUCCAGAAAGUACAAAUGGAAUCGCAGGACAGUCAGGCCGCUCAGUUGACUACUAUCUUACAACGGCAACGUUUUCUUGGAGAAGCCAUUUCGGCGGAGAUUGCGUCCCAGAACGAACUGCUUGACGAUCUUAACGAGAAUGUAGACCGGGUUGGAGGGAAGCUAACGGGUGCGAAGAAGCAACUCAACAGACUAGGAUGAUAUGACUCUCGUGUUUCGCAUGGAGCAUCCGGAUAGUGUGUAUUGCGUUAGGAUACAGAAAUCAUACAAUGAGAUAUCUAGUAAUGCGAUGAUUAAUGCGUAUGUAAGGAUACCGUGCCCUCUGGAUAAACGGGAAAGAAUAAAUGUACGUGUGCCUAAAUCUCCUGACCUUCCUUCUGGGAUAGGAAGCCUCCGAUGCCCUCGAAGCAAGCAAUCAUGAUACCGCAAGCUGGUGCGACUUUGGCUAUCCGAGGUGCCAAGCCGGCAAACAGCGAGCUGGCACCCUCGUUGCGAACGAUUUGAGCGCACAGAGCAAAAGUUGCAGUCGUGCCAGAUGGCAUGUGGUUGGACAUGAGCAGGGCCUGCCUUCGCGUUUUGAGAACGUCGAAAGGUGACGUCACCAGAGACGCUGUGGUUCCGCUGAUGGCACCGCUAACGAAGGCAACAUAGGUUCCCCGCUGACCACGGCGCUCAAAGAACCGUUUCCAUGCUUCGUAACCCGCCCAGUAGAUGCCACUGAAGGGGACGUCGCGCCACAAAGUUGGCCCAAGGCCUUGCCAUAGGAAGCGGAUGCCUCGUCCCUUUACGACUGUGCGUAUUGAGUCGACGACGUUCUUGAGGGUGUGUGGAUGGUCUGGUGAUUUCGGUGUCGAUUGAAGAUUGGUGCGGACGAGCUCUAAUGGUGAGAGAAGUGUUGCGAGAGAAGUGCGUGCCAUAACUCCAGCCGUUAGUGGAAGCAAAGUAGGUGAGUUUAUAAAGGGAGGAAGUCCUUCGCGAAGAAGAUAAUCGUAGCCAAGCAUAUAGAGGGAAGACGCAGGGACACCGAUCAUUAAUGAUGUUCCGGCACCCUUCCAAAGACCUCGAAGACCUUCUACGCGUAAGACGUGACGAAUGGCGUCCACAAAUCCAGUGACGCGCUCUGUACGCAUUAAUCCGCCUUCAUAUACGCAGACAACCUGAGCGCCUGGUAGCUGACGAGCGAGGGAGGACAUAUUCCGUACACAAGGAACAUUUGCAGGCUGGCAACACUUGUUGAGAGGCGGACGCGAGAACAAGGGCUGUUGUUUUGACUGUACUGGCUGGGUCUGAAGCCGGGUCUUGACGACGUCAAAGGGAGUCAUUGUGAGGGCAGUCAUAGCAGAGCCUGUGGCUGCUGCGACCAUUUUUGCGUGAAAUGGCUCCAUGUCGAAGUGACCGUCGAUGCCAGACGGGAGCCUCUCUAGGGGCAGACUUGGAUAUUGGCGGUGAG